GGCUCACAGAUAUACGAGAGCACGCACACACAUAUGCACGAACGUACACUACACAUAGACACGGACACGCACGCACGUACAGGAGAGUGUGUUCUUCGAGUUCUUAUUCGUGACCCCAGAGCGUGGCAUAGCAAACAGUCGACCUUUUGGCUGUGGGGUGUACCCAGUGUCUCAGUUACAUAAGGGACGACAACCCAACAAACAGACGACCAUUGCGAGAAGAAGUUGUUGUAACUGUAGCAUCCUGAAUACUGCAACAUGACUUUGACUUCGGAAAAGUCUGAGAAACUCAGUGUGCAAAAUGAGAAAGAGGUGUUCCAGAACUCCUUGGCCGCUCGUGGUGACAGUCAUCUGCACCCUGUCUGGGCAAGUGGCUACUGGACUUAGUGGGUCGGCCCUCAACUCACCACGGGACUUUAUAAAGCACUUUAUGAACGAGACAGCUAUAUCACGUGGUCAAGGCCCACUAUCUGAUGAUCGUCUGACGUCUUACUACGCUCUCUUGUCGGCCCUCGUGCCCCUUGGUUCCGUUAUUGGCUCACCACUGACUCAGUACACAGCGGAUGCCAUAGGAAGGAAGAUGCUGCUGCUGGUCUCUGCUGUUCUGGGCGUGGUGGCUGCACUGCUUGAUGGGGCUGACAGUGGAGGCCAGGGCCCCGGAAAUGCUGUUUGUGGGGCGAGCGUUGGCAGGCGUGAUGUGCGGUAUUGCAGCAAGCUUGCCACCAUUCUACAUGGCCGAAGUAAUGCCUCGGCAUCUGGUUGGCCAUGUUAUGGUUGGCAACAUGUUGUGUGUCAUGUCCGGGGUUCUUAUCAUGGGGAUCAUCAGCAUUAACGAGAUUCUUGCAACAUCCGAGCUGUGGCCCGGUAUAACUGCUGCCUCCGGUGUCGUGUGUGUAGUCCAGUUGAUUCUCCUCCCCUGGGUGGUGGAAAGUCCAUCCUUUCUUCUCUUCGUCAAGAACAAAGAAGACUCCGCUCUUAAAGCUUUACAGAAAUUACGAGGAACAAUGAACGUGCAGGUGGAGCUGUCUGACAUGAAAGCUUUUUCAGCACAUAAAAAGACACAGGUGACAGUGUUACGACUGCUGACGACGAGGUCACACCUACGUUCUGUCAUUCUCAUGGUCGGCUCUUUCGUUUGCUCAUUUUUCACCGGCAUCGUGAUUGUGGCGUUCUAUUCUGUGAGUGUGCUGAAGUCAGCGGGGCUGUCGGAGCGCGUGGCCAGGUACAUGACCCCAGCAUUUGUUGUCGUCGGCGUCAGCGUGUCGAUCAUCCUUCUCUUUUUCGUCGCUCGACUGAGGCGACGGGUCAUGAUGCUGGGCGGCCUGGCGGGGAUGCUCGUGGCUGAGGUCGUCCUCACUAUAGCCCUCUGGUACCAGGAUCAAGUAACGUGGCUCUCGACCGUUGCUGUCGUCUGCGUUUUCAUGAUAGCCUUGUUUCACGCCGCCGGACCAGCUCAGGUGCCCUGGAUCUUGCUCCCGGAGAUCUUUGAUGCGGAGGCUCGAGGGGCUGCGUCCUCCAUUGGUGUCACAGUGAUGAACGCUUCCUCCUUCGUCAUGACCUACGUCUUCCCCAUGCUGCAGGAGUAUUCUGGGGCUUACUCUAUUCUUCUAUUCGUGGGGACGUCGACGUUUUUCUUCGUCUUUAUCUUCUUUCUUCAACCGGAGACGGUGGGGCGUUUUGCAAAAGAAAAAGAAGAAACAGAGUAUACCGUAGAAGGACAACAGGAGAGGACACGACUGUAACACAGACGAGCUGUGUACAGUUACCAAGUGACACCGUAAAAUUCCUCAACUUCCGUUCAUGGAUCGAAGGACUUUUGUUAGUCAUCUUCUGCUCACAGAUUACGAAGUUCACGCUAAGUUAUCGAGCGUAGUGUCAGUAAGAGAGGUUAUUCAUCCUUUCCCACAUUGCAGAAGACAUGUUCUUCCUUGAAAUUAAUUAUUAUAAGCAGAAUUUUCCAGAAUAAUAAACCAUCAAAAUUAAAACAAACAAAUCUGAUUUAUCCUGACAAUGGCGCCACCUGUGGACGCUCUUCGACCCAUAUGGUCGAAUAAAUAUCUGACUACGAUUUGUGAAUUUGUCUGCAGAUCAGAUAAAAAAAGCAACAUUAUAUACUCAGCAAGUUUUUUCCUACUUGUUUUUGAAAGGUUUCUUGUAUAAGUAAUUGGAUUAUUCUUCAAUUGUGAUAUUCACUCACCUGAUUUAGGACAAGUAAGUGAGCAGAGGUAUUAAUUCACGAUAUUAGAUGAAAGAUAUUAUGCAAAGAGAUAUUAAAAAUUGCAAAGGCCAUUUCCUGGUGAUAUUAAUCAAUAUUACAGUUAUACUAAUGUAGCGUCGUUUGUGUAAAGAUAUGAUAUUUAAGGAUUGUACCCGAUAUUUGCAAAGACAAACACAAUAAACAAUAAGAUCGAUGCA